CUAACGUUAGCUGCUGUUCAGGUUCGUGAUUUCCAGUGGUGCUAACAGCGCUAGUUUUGUGUGCAGUAAGUUGUACGAAGUUUCUUCAGGACUUUAUUUCAUCAGUUUGCUGAGCUCAACCUUUCGGAACCAUUUGGGUUGUGUUGUGGACAAAAGAAGAGCGGUGAAAUGCCUACAGAAGUCCCACAGCAAGAUGUUUGUCAGGAGGAGGAGGUUGAAAUGGCCCAGGAGGAAGCAGAACCUCCUCAGAUGAACCAGAACCAGACUAAACACAGCAUGAACCGGGAGUUGGAGCAGCUGAUGCAGGAGUUGAAGGCUCAGAACUUAUUGGUGCUUCAAUGCAUUUCUCUACUUGAUGAAAUCUGUGGAGUUUCUGAAAACGGGACGAUGGAGAGUGAAGAAGAGAUGGAUGUCCCUUCUACAGAGACCAGACCAGGAAGGACAUUGCUUGGAAGAAGAUUAGUGAGGAGGUCGGGGUGUCUGAGGCUGUAUGCCGGAAACCGUGGAAGACUUUGUGUGACACAUACGCAAAGGAGGGCAAGAAGGAGCGAGACAGACACAGGAGUGGUGCUGGAGCUGAUUCCACUCCGAAAUGGAAGUUUAUGUUGGUCCUGUCCUUCCUGCGUCCUUUCGUCACACCUAGAGAGACCAGCAGCAACAUGCCGUCGAGGUUGCAGGAGGAGCAGGAGGAGCAGGCCGCUGGCUACGACGACCAAGCAGAUGAUCUUGAUUUGGGCGACGAAUCGGAAGCAGUCUGCAAUCGUUUUCGCUUCGUUUGAAACAUCGCUGGAAUGGAAUUCGUCCAUGUCGUCUUCAGAGCAGGCUGGACCUUCAUCUGCUGUCCCAUCCGAACGACCACCUCAGAAGAAACUGCAAACCAGACUGACCAUCGCCCAGCCCACUCCAUUUGAGCGCAAUUUGAUGGACCUAUGAUGGCCACCACAACUUCAACGCCACCACCACCACCACCACUGAAUCAUGAGCAAUAUUUCUUGUUAGGACUAUAUCCAAUGCUACAGAAGGUGCCAGAAAAUAAUAGGGAAUACUGAAAAUUCCAUAUCUACAAGUUGUUGUACGACAACAUGGAAGUCACUCUUGAUUUGGAAAAUUCUUCACAGACUGAGGACAUGUGAAGAAAUGUCCAUCAAUGUCCAUCACUCCCUCUUGCACACUGUCUCCAUCCUGCACAAUCAUCACUGUAUUUGCCUGCGUUACAUAUAUUUUGAACAUAUUGUUUUCUUAGUCAUUUUUUAUUACAUUUGCUACUGUA